CCUAAAAAGUACUACUUACAACAAAAGUGAAACCUUCUGAUAUAACACCACUCUCCCUGAGCUCCGCCGGAUACUUAGGUUUAUCUUCACCGUUACGGCGUUGCUAGCAGAACCCUACUCCACCGUUGAAGCGGUCCGAUCAUAUCUCCGACGAAGCCUGAUAUGUCAAUGAAGUUGACACCUUCCAAGAGACCACAUGAUCAGAGCCUUGCAGAAACAAAUGGCCGAGGGAAGUGGCAGAAAUCAUCAUCUUUUAGUUCCCAGAGAUCACCUGUGAAAAUUCGUAUAUUAUGCCCUGCUUCAAAAAUAGAUUUCCUUAUCGGAGAGGAUAGUAGCAUUAUUUCUCGGAUACAAGAGGAAACUGGUGCAGAGGUUCAAGUUGAGGAUAGUAUUGUUGGUUGUGAUGAGAGGGUGAUAGUUAUUAUAGGUUCAAGAAAAGAAGAUGAAGUGGGAACCAAACAGUUCCAUGCUGAUGUUGAGGGGAGUGAAACUAAGGAAAAAGACAGUUGCAAUGAUGAAAAUGGUGAUAAGGGUGAGAAUAAGGCGUCUCUUCCGGCAGAAAAUUCCAAAACUGAAAAGGAAACUGAAUCUAUUCAGAAAGCUCUAUUCUUGUUGUUUGAAAGGAUGGUUGAAGGAGGAGCAGAAAUGGAUGGAGGAGAUGAAGAAGGCAAUAAUUCUUCCUCAUUAAUUAUAAGAUUGCUUGUUCUCUCCAGCCAAGUGGGCUGUUUGCUAGGAAAAGGUGGUAGUGUCAUAAAGCAGAUGUCUUCUGAAAGUGGUUCACAGAUACGAAUUCUUCCCAGGGACAAACUACCUUCAUGUGCGUCUUCAUCAGAUGAAUUGGUUCAGAUUUCUGGGGAGCAUGAUGCAGUUAAAAAAGCUCUUGAAAUUGUUGCUCAACAAUUACUUGGGAGUUCCUCUGGGGAUCAAGAUUUUCUCUCUGCUAAUGCUGGUGGUCCAUCUUCUCAGUCUCCUAGACGUCCUCUAUCUAACCGGGAAUUACGUCCACCAUCAACACGUCCUUACCAUGGGCAGGGGCCUGCUUCCUCUGGUGGAUUUCGUGUUGGGGAAGCUGGUAUACCUGGUCGAAUGAAUCCUAUUCCUGAUGCCUUGACUUUCAGAUUACUUUGUCCAGACGAAAAGGUUGGAGGUAUAAUUGGAAAGGGAGGAAGUAUAAUUAAAGCACUUCAGCAUGAGACUGGGUGUCAAAUCAAAGUUCUGGAAGCCACAGGGGAUUCUGAAGAUCGAAUUAUUGUCAUCUCUGGUCCAGCGUUCCCAGAUGAUAGAAUAUCUUUGCCGCAAGAUGCUGUCCUUCGCAUCCAAUCCCGAAUUUUUAGGGCUGCACCUGAGAAUCAGGACAAUGUUAUGGUUGCAAAACUCUUGGUGUUCUCCAAUCAAAUUGGGUGUCUCUUGGGUAAAGGUGGUGGUAUAAUAGCUGAAAUGAGGAAAUCAACUGGAGCGUAUAUUCGUAUUGUAGGCAAGGAUCAAAUCCCAAAGUGUGCUGCGGAAAAUGAAGAAGUAAUUCAGAUAAAUGGAGAUGUUGAAAAAGUUCAUGAAGCCCUUCUGCAGAUAACUGCCAGAUUACAGAAUCAUUACUUUCGUGAUGCAUUUCCUUCAAACCCUGGGUUUCUGGACCAAGUACCUCCAUUCCCUUCACACAUGGGAAGGAGAGAAUUUUCACCACCUCCAGGCAUGUUCCCCAACAUUCGUCCACCAUUUCACAAGUUUGAUGCUCUACCUCCACAUGGUGGUUUCCAUCCACAUGAUGAUCGUCCUCCAUUUAUGCAAAAUUUCCAUAGGCCAGGCAUUCCACCUCAUAUUUCUGAUAGAAUGCCUUCUUCAGCACCAUGGGGUUCUCAGGGACGGGGUGAAGGUGGGGGACAUCUAGGCUUCCCAGACUAUGCAGGAGGUCCUCGAAAUAUUGGCGGCUUUGGAGGAGGAAGUAAUCCCGCUGUGAUCACAAGCACUACCGUGGAAGUUGUUGUACCUCGAUCUGUCAUUCCUGCAAUCUAUGGAGAAGGUGGGGGAUGUCUUCGACAAAUAUGUGAGAUUUCUGAUGCGAAAGUCACCAUAAAUGAUCCCAAGCCUGGAGCUACAGAGACUGUGAUCAUUAUAUCUGGUACGCCUGAGCAGACGAAUGCUGCUCAGAGUCUCAUUCAAGCAUUUGUCAUGGUCGAGACUGAAGGUGCUUGACUGGUGGCAGUGAGGUAAUUUCUCGAUCUUGUGGA